AUGAUUUUUUUAAAAUAAAAAUAUUUAAUACAAAAAUAUAUUUCUAAAUGUUAAUUUUUUAUUUUUUAUUUCUAUCUUAAAAGUUAGAUUUUUAUUAUUUCUUAUUUUUAAUCUCUAUGCACAUUUUUAUAAUAUAUUUAAUAUAUUGAACUUUAAUGUUUGUAUUUAAUUAAAUAAAAAAUUAAAAACAUUUUUUUUUAUAUAUUACUUUAUAAUUAUUAUAAUUAAUAACUAAUUAUAAUAAGAAAAUAGUUUAUUUUACAAUUUUAUGAUUUUUAUAAUACAUAUAUAAUCAAAUAUUUUUUUUUUUUCUUAUUAAAUUUACUUCAAUAUAAUUUAUUAGAAGUUAAAUAAAAAUAUUCUCUAUAAAUAAAAAAGUAAAUAAAUAAAAAACUAAAUUAACAUAAAAUAUAAAUAAGAAGUAAUUCGUUUAACCAAAAAAAAAAAAAUGAGUUCUAAAAAAACAGAAUAGCUUGUAGUUAAUAUAAAAUCUGUAAAAUUAAAACAUUUAAAAAAAAAGCAUUAAAAAAAUAAAUAAAUAAGGGAAGAAAACUUAAAAAGCCAGCAUUUUAAGUAUAUAACAUGAAACACACAUUUAUAUCUUUAGAAUAAUCUUAUGAAUAUGUAGGAGAUAACUCCAGAUUUUAAUAAAGAAUAACAUGGAUUUUAUCAUUUUAAUGGAUAUUUUAUAGUUUAUUAGUUAUGGGAUCCCCAAUGAUAUUCAGAACUCCAAAAUUUGAAUGUAAAUAAUAAGCUAAUGAUUAAUUUAAAUAUUGCGCAGAAGAAACUGUUUGUUAUUUAAUAGAUAAAGGUUUAACUGAUUAUUAUAGGACUACAUCAUUUCGUUCGAUUUCAUAAGAAUUUAAAUUAUAUUGUGGCGAUAAAUAUUUAGUUGGUAUAGCAUAAUCUGGAUUAUUUUUAGGAUUCGGAAUGAAUGGUUAUGAGUGUAUAAUAUUAGUUUAUUGUACAGAAAUUUCUGCAAGAAGAUUUAGAGAUAUAUCAGUAAAUGUAUUAUAAAUAAUGUGGGCAUUUGGUUAAUUUUUAAUACCUUUGACUAAUUCAAUAACUGAUUAUUGGCGAUUUCUAUAUAUUUAUUGUGUUGGCCUUCCUUUAGUAUUAAGUAUAAUAUUAACUUACAUAUUUUUUUGUGAAAGUCCUCGAUAUUAUGUAAGUAAAGGCUAAUAUUAAUAAGCAAGGGAGAUUUUUAGACAUAUAAGUGAAGUAAAUAGCCGUCCUCCUUAUUAAUUUCAUUUUAUGGAAGAAUUAAACAAUUAUAAUAAAGUGGUGACAAAAAUAACUAAUUUUAAAUCUCCAAAGAAUAAUAAUUUAUAGAGAUAAAAUGUAAGCUUUUAGAAUUAAACGAUUAAUUAAUAAAAAUAAUAAAGCACUACUAUGUUAGAUUUGUUUAAAAAAAAGCAUCUUAUAAUUAUUACUUUAACUAUGUCUUUUUAUUGGUUUUUUAGAUAUUUUACUUAUUAUUGUAUACUUUUUUCAAUUGAGUAGUUUGGUAAUUCAAUUAAAACAAAUUAUCUACUAUUAGCUUUUAUUGAAGUUUUCGCAGCAUUAAUUAGCAUUCCAUUAAAAUUAAGAAUGAAAAGAAAAGUUGCACUAAGAUUAUCUUUUUCAAUAAUGAUUUUUGUUCCUUUGCUUUUCUUUUUGAUAAGAAUUCCUAAAGAAUGUUUUAUUUAUUAUGGUUUUUGUUUUUAAGAAUUUUUAACUAUAAUUCUAGUUAUAUUUUUGAAAUUCGCUAUUAUGUUUUUUACUGUCAAUCUUCUUACUUAUACUAGUGAAUCUUUCCCUACUGUUUUAAGGUCAUAAGGCUAAGGAAUAUGUAUGAUAUUCGGAUAAAUUGGAAGUACAUUAGCGCCAAUAUAUAUAACCUAAUAUAUAUAAAUUUUUGAAUAGCUUAAUCCUUUAUCAUUUAUUGCAUUUCUAGGAAUGCUAGGUUGGGUACUUUCUACAAACUUAUACGAUAACGAGAAUAUGUAAGAUCAUAUUGAAGAUGAAGAAUAAAUAUAAGUUCCUUUAUUAAAAUAAUUUUAGGAAAUAUAAAUGACUGUAUUUUAAAGAAAUUGA